AUGUCCAGCAUACAGACAGACAUGCGAUCAAUCAACCAUAUCGGCGUGUCCGUUCCGGACAUCGAAGCUGUAGUAAAAUGGUACAGCGAGAUCAUGGGCUUUAUCCUCGUAAACGGCAAGAUCAAGCACAUCAAGCGCUCCGAGACACCAGACGCGGGGAUUUUCAAGAUUUACCCCGAGUCUUUGCAGGAAGUCAAGCUGGCAUUCAUGACCACCGGCAACGGUGUAGGGUUCGAGGUCUUUGAGUUUGUCGAUCCCGCUUACAAGAAAGCCGACGAUUUCGCGUACAACGUGGGCGGCUUCUUCCACUUGUGCGUGACGGACGCAGAACCAGAAGCUCUCUUGGCACGGGCUGUACAGAACGGGGCCAGCAAGAUUGGGGAACCGACACUCAAUCCGCUGAGCGGCUCGAGGUGUCUGUACUUUAGGGAUCCUUGGGGCAAUGUGUUGGAGAUCUUGGAUAUGAGCUUCGAUAGAAUGAGUGCGUUGGAUGCAGUCUGA